ACAUAAACUUCCUCCGCCCUGUCUGCUCAGUGAUGGGGCUGUGAGGAUGCACGACAAUCCUGAGACUUUUUCUUUUGUUUUCAUUCAGAUUUAGUCCUUUUUGUUAUCAACCCGUCUGCAGCCAUGUUGCGGGUUAAGGUGGAAUCGGCGAAAGGUCUGUCUAAAAAGAAGGUGGGACAACCUGAUCCAAUCGUCUCUGUGAUAUUUAAAGAUGAGAAGCAGAAAACAAAAUCGAUUGACAGUGAGCUGAACCCUGUCUGGAACGAGGUGCUUGAGUUUGAUCUGAAGGGCAUUGCGUUGGACUAUAGCGCCUACAUAGAUGUGAUUGUGAAAGACUAUGAAACUAUUGGGAAAAAUAAAUUCAUUGGGUCAACCAAAAUCGCUCUGAAAGAUCUCGCAUCAGGUCAAAUGAGAUCACUUCCAUCCAAAAAUGUUCCCCUGGUCAAUGAAAGUGGACAGGGUAUUGGUGCUUCAAUCGACCUUGUGAUUGGCUACGAUCCUCCAGCAAAUUUUGCCCCAAACCCCAAUGACUCUCAGGAAGGAGACUCCCCGGUGGAUGCUGGUGGUGGUGAUGGAGGGGAUGAGACUCAACCUGAUGGGGGCCAGGGUGGCUCCGCAGGGGGCCCCUCGUCCUCCGGUCAGUCCGUUAUGCGGCAGAAGAUUGCCAGAGCGCAGAAUCGCCACCGACUGGUCAAUAAACCUCAGGACUUCCAGAUUCGCAUAAGAAUCAUCGAAGCCCGUCAGCUGUCCGGUAACAACGUCAAACCGGUGGUGAAGGUUAGCGUGUGCGAUCAGACCCACAGGACGAGGAUCAAGAGGGGAAACAACCCCUUCUUUGACGAGAUGUUCUUCUACAAUGUCCACAUGCUACCAUCGGAUCUCUUUGAUAAGCACAUCAGCUUAAGGGUCUAUAACUCCUAUUCACUGAGGGCUGACAGUCUCAUGGGAGAAUUCAAGCUGGAUGUCGGUUAUGUUUACGAUGAACCAGCGCACUGUGUUCUGAGGAAGUGGCUCCUGUUGAACGAACCCGAUGACUCGGCCUCGGGCUCGAAAGGUUACCUGAAAGUCAGCCUGUUCGUGGUCGGGGCUGGAGACGAGCCUCCGGUGGAAAAGAGGGAUUCAAAUGACGAUCAGGACGACAUCGAGAGUAAUCUGCUGCUGCCGGCUGGUGUGACUCUGCGAUGGGCCACCCUGUCCCUGAAGGUGUUCAGAGCUGAGGACGUCCCCCAGAUGGAUGAUGCAUUCGUCCAGACCAUAAAAGGGAUAUUUGGAGGAGAUGAAAACAAGAAAAACCUGGUGGAUCCUUUCUUAGAGGCUCGCUUUGCUGGACUAAAGCUGUGCACCAAGAUCAUCGAGAAGAAUGCAAACCCAGAGUGGAACCAAGUGCUGAACCUCCAAGUCAAGUUCCCCUCCAUGUGUGAACGUGUCAAACUGACAGUAUUUGAUUGGGAUCGUAUAACAGGAAAUGACGCUAUCGGCACCACAUACCUGAACCUGUCCAAGAUAGCCUCUUCUGGUGGAGAGAUAGAAGAGGAACAUGCGGGAAGUGGGGAAAUACCGUCAUACGAAGCUAACACAGGGCAGUCUGAGGUGGGUUUCCUUCCCGUCUUCGGGCCGUGCUACGUCAACCUGUACGGCAGCCCGAGAGAGUUCAGCGGCCUGCCAGACCCCUACGAGGAUCUCAACUUUGGAAAGGGCGAAGGAGUGGCGUACAGGGGCAGGAUCCUGGUGGAGCUGUCCACUAAACUGGAGGGGAAAGCGGACAAAACGGUAGACAGCAUCCACAGCGACGACAUCCUGGUGGUGCAGAAGUACCAGCGGAGGAGGAAGUACAGUCUGUGCGCGGUCUUCCACAGCGCCUCCAUGAUACAGGAACCAGGAGAGCCAAUCCAGUUUGAGGUCAGCAUCGGUAACUACGGCAACAAAUUGGACACCACCUGCAAACCGCUGGCCUCCACCACUCAGUAUAGCUGUGCAGUGUUUGAUGGUAACCACUACUAUUACCUGCCCUGGGCGGACACUAAGCCGGUGGUUGUGGUUCUCUCUUUCUGGGAGGACGUCAGCCACCGCCUGGACGCUGUCAACAUCAUCCUCUACAUCACUCACCGCCUGCAAUCCAACCUGGAGCUGUUUAAAACCGCCAUCCUGGCUAAAGCCUCCGACAACAAACUCGUAGAGGUGUGGCUGAAGUUGCUCAAUCAGCUGAUUGAAGACCUGGAAAGUCUCACGACACCGGAGCUAGAGGGCUGCUCCAACCUGACCUCUCUGGACUUCCAAAUCAAGAAGCUGCGCGACAGCACUUUGAAAACAAUCAAGAAGGGAGCCAAACGCAUGUUGGAGGAGGCGAGGGAGAUCGCUGACACUCUGCCUGACUUAGAGUCCUGGGCGGAAAAACUCCAACAGCUGGCUGAUGAGCCUCAGAACAGCAUGCCGGAUGUGAUCAUCUGGAUGUUACGGGGGGAGAAGAGAGUGGCUUACAGCCGAAUGCCCGCUCACCAAUUCCUCUACUCCACAUACAGUGAGCAGGCUUGCGGGCAGCACUGUGGAAAAACAAAGACCGUCUUCUUAAAGUAUCCCAUGGACAAGAACAAGGGGCUGAAGGUGCCAGUUCAGAUCCGGGUGAACAUGUGGCUCGGUCUGUCUGCGCACGAGAAGAAGUUCAACUCCUUCUCUGAGGGAACCUUCAGCGUGUUUGCAGAGCUGUAUGAGAACCAGGCGGCGGUGUUUGGGAAGUGGGGGACCACGGGACUAGUGGGGCGAUACAAGUUCUCAGACGUUACGGGCAAACUGAAGCUGAAACAAGAACACUUCAUGCCCCAGAGAGGGUGGGAGUGGGAAGACGACUGGUUCAUCGACCCAGAGAAAGCUCUCCUAACAGAGGCAGAUGCAGGACACACUGAUUUCAUGGACGAGGUGUUUCAGAAUGAGACUCGCUUCCCCGGUAGAGAGUGGAAGGGAGCCUCGGAGCCCUUCACCGAUGUGAAUGGAGAGAAGAGCCGUAACCCCGGAGAGUUCGACUGUCCUACAGGUUGGACGUGGGAGGACGAGUGGUCUGUGGACGACAACAGAGCCGUGGAUGAUCAAGGAUGGGAGUAUGGAGUCACUAUUCCCCCAGCUGACCAGCCCAAGUCCUGGGUCUCUGCGGAGAAAGUUUACCACGUCCACCGCAGGAGACGACUGUUCCGACCUCGCAAGAGAGAAGCGCAUCCUGCAGGAGGCCCUGUGCAGAAGAGGGACCAAGGUGACCCUGAGGGCUGGGAAUUCUCCUCUCUGAUUGGCUGGAAGUUCCACAGGAAGGAGCGUUCCUCCGAUACCUUCCGGCGAAGGCGCUGGAGGCGGAAAAUGGGACCAGAGGACCGGCUGGGAGCGUCCGCCAUCUUCCAACUGGAGGGGGCACUAGGCGUGGAUACCGAGGAAAAGGACUCCAAGUCAGACGUCACCAAGCUCUUUGGUGCUAACACGCCCACUGUGUCCUGCUGCUUCGACAGGUCACACUUGUACCAUCUCCGUGUCUACGUCUAUCAGGCUCAGAACUUGGCAUCUAUGGACAAAGAUAGUUUUUCUGAUCCGUAUGCACACGUCUCCUUCCUGCACUUCAGUAAGACAACAGAGAAGCUGAAGGCGACCCUGAACCCGACCUGGGACCAGACUCUGAUCUUCAGCGAUGUGGAGAUUUACGGAGACCCGCAGAACAUCGCUCAGUGCCCCCCCGAUGUGGUUCUGGAGUUCUACGACAACGACCAAGUGGGGAAAGAUGAGCUGCUGGGCCGCACUGUUUGCACUCCGAUGGUGAAGCUGAACGCCAGCAUGGACCAGACUCCCAGACUGCUGUGGUACCCCAUCAUCCAGAAAGGUCAAAAGGCAGGAGAGGCCCUGCUGGCUGCAGAACUCAUCCUUAAAGACAAGUCGGGCGAGACAGACCUUCCUCUGCUUCCCUCAAAAAGAUCGGAGAACAUCUUCAUGGUUCCUCAGGGCAUCCGGCCCGUGGUGCAGCUCACGGCUGUCGAGAUCCUGGUAUGGGGCCUGAGGAACAUGAAGUCGUACCAGCUGGCCUCCAUUUCCUCCCCCAGCCUGGUGGUGGAGUGCGGGGGAGAGAGGGUGGAGUCGGUCGUGAUCAAGAACAUGAAGAAGAGCCCCAACUUCCCGGGAUCUGUCCUCUUCCUCAAAGUGCUCCUUCCAAAGGAGGAGAUGUACACCCCGCCCAUCGUGCUGAAGGUGAUCGACCACCGUCCGUUCGGCAGGACUCCGGUGGUCGGGCAGUGCACCAUCACCAGCUUGGAGCAGUUCAGAUGUGACCCAUACGUCAUCACUGCAGAGGGAGCCAUGUCUAACAAAAUGACUCUGAUGGCUUCUCCUUCCGGUCAUCUCGCUAUUAACAUGGAGACCAGACCACUGCUGGAAACUCAGUUCAUGUACAGCAUGUCAUCUGCUAUCAACAAAAUGGCUUCCCCUACAUCCCAUUUUGUAUGUAUUGUUACUUAUUAGAGCUUUCUAAAUUCACACGGCUGGGCACCAAUGAAACCGUAAGGCUGAGAUCACUUAAUCUGCACGAAAAGUGGUUCAUAACAUCACAAUUAAUUAAUCUAGUCUGAGAAUUGUCACAAAUGCUGGAAUUGUAAUUAAUUUGUCACUAAUUGAAUGAGCACAUUUAAUAAUUGUUUCACAGCAGGGGCGUAACAUGUACUGCAGGGGUGUCAAACUCAAGGCCC